CAAGAAAAAGAUCCUUUUCGAUGCAAUUUUUGGGUAGGUGGACUUUCUUUCUGUUUUAGGGAAAAUCCCAGACGGGGAAGCAUUUGUUAUGGUGGAUCGAAUGAAAAACGAAACUACGGUACAAGUGUUUUGUCUUUAUGCCCGAGUUCAAGUUUUUUGUUUCUUAUAGUAUUCUUCGCAUCGAACUAGUUGUCCAAGAAAUAUACCUGACUUCCGAAGAUGUUGCCUUUCACCGCCCCGGUCCUUCUUGGCGCGCUAGCGCUUACAAUUACGCUGCUCAUCGUGAUUCCGCGCCUGUGCGCCGCGCGGUUCUACGACUUUUUGAUAAUCCGGAUGACGCGCGUUUGGUACAAAGAGGUGCUUUCCCGAGUAAACGACGGCGAUCACGUCUUGGACAUCGGUGUUGGCACCGCCACGGCUCUGCUCCGGAACAAGGAACUAUUGGAGAAAAAGAAACUGCAAGUUUUCGGUGUUGACUACGAUCAAGCGUACAUUGAUUUGGGGAAACAGCAGCUCCUAGCGACGAAAACGUCGAACCAGGUGCAGCUCACCUGCAGAUCGAUUUACGACGUCGCGGGCGUUCUGUCGGACUUCGCAGCAAGUUCUGGUUGCAAGUCCGGGGACCAGCACGACUCAGGAACGAAGAAGAACACCGGUUCAUCGAUUGCGUCUUCCCCUGGGAUGAAUAAAAAGGUAAUAAUGAAAGACCAAGUAGACGCUAGCCCAGCACUUUCUUCGCCCUCAACCGCCGCUCCCGAUGGCGAAACUUUGGAGCAAGACUACGAUGAAUACAAAAACAAGUUCGACGCGGCUUAUUUCAGCGGCAGCUUCACCCUGCUUCCGGACCCGGUGGCGGCGUUGCAUUUGGCGAGAGACGCUUUCGUGAAGAAAAACGGGAGGAUUUUCAUCACGCAAACGUUUCAAAAGCAGCGUUCGCCGAUGACCGCUUUGUUAAAACCCUUGUUGAAGUACGUGACGACCAUUGAUUUCGGGACUUUGACGUACGAGUCCGAUUUGGAAAACAUUUUGGAGAAAGCCGGAUUGCCAAUUCUGUACAAUGAGCCAAUCCCGAACUCGAUCGACACGCGGUUUCAAGUCGCAAAAAUCAUCUGUCUCGACUGCGGAGAUAGAACGGGGAAAGGGGCGGGUGCGGCGAGGGGGUAGUCGUGAACUACGUGUUUUGGCUUGAUGGUUGGCAGCGUCUGUGUGAGAGGUGCUCCUUGCUGGUGCACCUCGUCGCUUGUUUUAUUAUAGCGAAACGGAGAGGGAAAACGAAAAUAAAAAUUGGAAGAAGCGAAAACAAGCAACGGCUUAGCGAUCUUUGAAAAGCAAACGAAUGGGAAACAUGGAGCAUGAU